UGUUUUCCACUCGCUGGCGUGCAAGUUCCAUCCCGCUGUUUCCUCUUCUUCCCUGGAGUUAAACUUCUCUGAGGACGCCACCAGCCCUGCUCCUGUGCCCAAGAAAAGCGGGAGGGAGCCCUUGUAGGACACAGUCAACGGAGGGCACAUCGGGUGGAACAGCUGCCGCCCCAGCUCGGAUGUCUGUGUGCCACUUGCAGAGCCCUGCCCCAAGGAGGCCAAGGCCACUGGUGCCUGCGCCUGCCCCCAGGGAGCACCAGGCCGGCCAUUCUAGGUGAUAAAAUGACCAGACCGUGCCCUGCCUUCAGGUGCCCACCUGCCUGCACUCCUUCCUAGUCUCACCAGCCACCAUCGGUCCGGUACCUUGUCUCCGCCCCAGCAGUCGGUCCCUCCGCUGACCUAUCAGCAUGGCAGCCCUGAUCGCUGAGAACUUCCGCUUUCUAUCGCUCUUCUUCAAGAGCAAGGAUGUGAUGAUUUUCAAUGGGCUGGUGGCACUGGGCACGGUGGGCAGCCAGGAGGUGUUCUCUGUGGUGGCCUUCCACUGCCCUUGCUCACCAGCCAGGAACUACCUGUACGGGCUGACGGCCAUCGGUGUGCCCGCCCUAGCACUCUUCCUCAUUGGCGUCAUCCUCAACAACCACACCUGGAACCUAGUCACCGAGUGCCAGUACCGGAGAACCAAGAACUGCUCCGCUGCCCCCAACUUCCUCCUUCUAAGUUCCAUCCUGGGCCGCGCAGCCGUGGCCCCUAUCACCUGGUCUGUCAUCUCCCUGCUGCGUGGUGAGGCCUAUGUCUGUGCUCUCAGUGAGUUUGUGGACACCUCCUCGCUCACAGCUGGAAAAGAGAGCUUCCCACAAGCCCAUGCCACAGAAAUCCUGGCCAGGUUCCCUUGCGGGGAGAGCCCUGCCAACCUGUCAGGCUUCCGGGAGGAGGUCAGUCGCAGGCUCAAGUAUGAGUCCCAGCUCUUUGGGUGGCUGCUCAUCGGUGUGGUGGCCAUCCUGGUGUUCCUGACCAAGUGCCUCAAGCAUUACUGCUCGCCUCUCAGCUACCGCCAGGAGGCCUACUGGACACAGUACCGCAACAACGAGGACCAGCUCUUCCAGCGCACGGCCGAGGUGCACUCGAGGGUGCUGGCUGCCAACAACGUGCGCCGCUUCUUCGGCUUCGUAGCGCUCAGCAAAGAAGAUGAGGAGCUGGUGGCGAAGUUCCCAGUGGAGGGCACACAGCCGCGGCCGCAGUGGAACGCCAUCACCGGUGUCUACUUGUACCGUGAGAACCAGGGCCUCCCACUCUACAGCCGCCUACACAAGUGGGCCCAAGGUCUGCCGGGCAAUGGCACAGCCCCAGACAACAUGGAGAUGGCCGUGCUUGUCUCCUAAUGGCCCCGUCCCCACUCUGAAAAUGACAGGCCUUGGUCCAACACUGAACCCUACCACCUGCUCACAUCAGCAUCAGAGAACUUUUUUUUUUAACUAUUAACUUUUUGGGAAAACAGACCAAGAGAAAGAGACAAAGUAAUCUGGAUACAGGAGAGUGCUAGUACACAACGUGGUCAGCUCCGACAGGAAGGCUCUCAGACCUGAAGGCAUCCCCUCUCUUAUUGCCACCAGCCACUUGGCCAACCGCUUUGGAGGAAAGACCCUUUCUCUGAACUAUGAUAUGGAUGACCUUCUACUGGUGGCACUUCAAGGCUGAGAAGCCCCGGCCAGCAGGGCUAAGUGACAAUGAAACUCACCAGUCGGCUCAUUAUAUAGGAUGUUAUGCAGUUAAUUGUGUCUAACCUCAUAUGGACGCCCAGCUCACUGGUGCUCAGCUGGGAAGCUGCCCUUCAAUAUAUGCUACUGGCUUUAUUUU